AUGGAGAAAUGUAAAGAAGAGAAGAUUGCUCCACAGCAUAAGAGUGCGUGGUUUGGAUUCAUCAAGUCCGUUGCAACAUUCAAAGGCGACCUCUCAUCUCUCACAGCACCUCCAUUUCUCCUCUCACCACAAUCAAUUGUCGAGUUUCCUACCUAUUGGGCAGAACACCCUUCUUUAUUCAUUGCACCUACACACUCUGGGUCUCCCGAAGAAAGAGCAUUACUAGUAUUGAAAUGGUUCAUUAGUACGUUAAAAUGGCAACACAGUACUAGAGAUGAGAAUGGGAAAAAGAAGGGGAUGAAACCCCUCAAUCCGUUUCUGGGGGAGUGUUUUAUGGGUUCUUGGGAGGACGAUGGAGAAGGAACUGGGAGAACAGAAUUGGUUGCUGAGCAAGUUAGGCAGCUCCAAGGCACCAUAGCUCCACAAUCCUACUUCAGCUCAACAGUACAUAUCGAACGCCAUGGAUACUCCUUACUAACCUUUUCCCAACAAAAUGAAACACAUUUAAUUACCAUGCCACCCAUCCAUCUUACCGGUCUCAUGUCUGGAUCCCUAAGUCCUGAAUUAAGUGGCACCUCCUAUAUUCGUUCUUCAUCUGGUUUCACAACUCGAAUAUCCUACUCCUCAAAAGGUUGGAUUAGUGGAACACCUAAUACAUUCUCCGCAAUCAUUUAUAAAAAAUCCGAGAAUACCCCAAUAUUCAAAGCCGAAGGGCAAUGGAGCGAUAAAUUCAACGUCAAGGAUAUGAGAUCUGGGGAAAAUAUUUUGCAAUUCGAUGCGAGUUCAUUGAAGAGAAAGUCGAUAAAGGUAAAACCACUGGAACAACAAAAGGAAUUCGAAUCGAGGAGAGCUUGGCGUCACGUUACACAAGCUAUUAACGAAAGUGAUAUUUUCAAGAUCGGAAAGAAAAAGGGGAAGAUAGAGAAUGAACAGAGGGAAAUGAGGAAGAAGGAAAAAGUCGAGGGAAGAGAGUGGGAGAGGAGAUUUUUUGUGAAAAGGGGGAGGGACGAAGUUGCCGAAAGGCUAGCAAAUGGUCUAGAGGGUUUGAAAUUGGAUAGUGGAGCUGGGAUGUGGAAAUGGGAUAUCGAUAGGUAUAGGGCUAUGGAUGUAGGGUUUAAGGAGAGGAUGAGACUUGGGGAUAGUAAAAUGGAUGCUGCUGUAAAUGGAAUGAGGGGUCCUUUGGUAGCAGCGAGGUGGAAUUCAGAAGUUAUGGUUUAG